AUGACACCACAAAACCCACCAACCACACCGGCGCCGUCGGCUCCGGCCUCCAGGAACCAUCCCCGCCCCCUCGACGAUGCAAUCGAGCACUACAUUGGCGAUAUCAACCGGACCCAAAUUUUCCAUUGUGCCCUUGUCUCGUUCGCGUGGUUUUUCGACGCACAACAAAACUUCAUCACUAUCUUCACCGACGCCUUCCCCAAAUGGAGCUGCACAAAACCGUGCCACGCCGAAACCAACAUGUGUCGCUUGCCCGAGACCUCAUGGUCGUGGGAUUCCCCCGUGAGCACGUCCACCGUAUCCCAGUGGUCCCUCCAGUGCGCGGGCCCGAUCCUCCGUGGCCUGCCCGCCUCGUCAUUCUACUUGGGUUGUCUCAUAGGCGGGUUGGGCCUGACCACAUUGGCCGACUCGAGGUUGGGCCGGAAGAACAUGCUUGUCCUAUCCUGUUUCGUCAUGUCCGUCUUCGGGUGCCUAUCUGCGGUUUCCGAGAACAUAUGGAUGUAUGCCGGGCUGAGGUUCGCGAGCGGGCUCGGGCGCGCCCCGAUCGGGACGUGCGCGUUCGUCCUCGGGAGCGAGCUCGUUGGGCGGAAAUGGAGAGGAAAUGUUGGGAUAUUCGGCUUCUUGUGCUACGCCCUAGGGUUUUUAUCCUUACCGAUCAUAGCUUAUUUGCUUCGAGGCUCGUCGUGGAGGUUUAUGUACCUUUGCACUUGCGGUCCGUGCCUUUGUUACUCAAUUAUUGUCUACAUAUUGGCCCACGAGUCCCCGAGAUGGCUUUUCGUAAAGGGAAGGAAAUUGGAGUUUGCGAAAACCCUAAAAAGCCUUGCACGUUCGACGAAGGAUUUGUUCGUGGAUUGUUUGGAGUGGACGGAAGAAUCACAUGAGCCAUAUUGCUUUUACUCAGCGGUCAAGACAUUGAUCGAGAACAGGUGGGCCUUCCAUCGUUUGUUAAUGAGCAUGGUGGCCGGCUUUGGUGUUGGGCUGGCAUACUACGGGAUGCCGUUGGGCCUCGGGAGUUUACCCGUCAAUCUAUACUUGAGUGUCGGGAUGAACGCGCUAUUCGGGCUCCUCUCUUCUGCAACCCUACUUCCCAUGAUCGGUAGGAUGAGAAGGAAGGCAUUAAUGGUCUUGUUGUGCGUGCUAAGCGGGGUUUGCAACAUGGUCGGGGUGGUUUUGGUAGGGUCUAAUGGGUGGUUGAAGAUGGGACUGGAGUUGCUUUCGUUUUUUGGGGCGAAUAUGGCCUUCGACGUGCUCUUAGUGUACGUGCUUGAGCUUUUCCCGACAUGCGUGAGAAACUCGGCCGUGUCGAUGGUGAGGGAGGCGAUUUUGCUCGGUGGAUUUCUAGGGCCGGUAGUGGUGGCGGCGGCUGCUAAUGUGGGGAAGGGGUUCAUGUCGUACGGCGUGUUUGGAGUGACGAUUUUGACAUGCGGGUUGUUUGUGGUUUGGAUGCCGGAGACUAAAGGGAGGUGA